GGACCCGUCUGACCCUCCGCGUCGUCGGCCUAGGCGGCCGCGCCGGCCGCGACACGUUGUACUGCCGCCGUCAGCGGACUGCCCUUCCUCAGUCCGUUGAGGAAGCCCGACGCGAAGGGGUCGGAGGCGCAGGGAGACUCGAGAAAGCACAGAAUGUCGGCACACCAGCAGCAACCAGGCGCGCAGGCCGAGGAGGUGGACAAGAUGGCCGCCAGGGACAGCAGCUGGCCCAGCGUGCUCUUCCACAUCCACAUCCACCUCGCGGCCCUCUAUGGCGUCUUCCUCAUCAUAACCGAGGCCUACUACACCACCACCCUCUUCGCCUUCCUGGUCAUAUACACCUCGGCGUUCGGCAUCACGGCCGGCGUGCACCGGCUGUGGUCGCACCGGGCGUACAAGGCUUCCUGGCAGCUCCGGCUCAUCCUCAUGCUGCUCUUCACCGUCACCGGCCAGCGGCACAUUUGGGCGUGGGUGCUGGACCACCGUGUGCACCACCGCUACUCCGAGACGGACGCGGACCCGCACGACGCCCGCCGCGGCUUCUUCUUCGCGCACGUCGGCUGGCUCGUGGUCACCCCGCACCCCGCCGUGGAGCGGGCUCGCAAGGAGGUGGACAUGAGCGACCUCCAGAAGGAUGGCAUCGUCAUGUGGCAGAAAAAGUGGUACGAGCCGCUCUUCGCCGUCUUCACCAUCGCCCUCCCCGUCCUGAUCCCUGUCUACUUCUGGGAGGAGUCGCUGUGGGCCUCGUUCUGGGUCAACUUCAACGCGCGCUUCUCCGCCACCCUCAACAUCGCCUUCCUCAUCAACAGCCUCGCCCACACCCACGGCUACCGGCCGUACGACAAGGACAUCAGCCCGGUCGAGUCGCCCAUCCUGGGCCUGCUGGCGAUCGGCGAGGGCUGGCACAACUACCACCACGUGUUCCCCUGGGACUACCGCACCGGCGAGCUGGGCAACGGGCGCAUCAACCUGUCCACGCAGUUCAUCGACGCGUUCGCGGCCCUGGGCUGGGCCUGGGACCGGCGCUCUGCCGACGACCGGGUGGUGCGGCGACGCGUCGAGCGCUGCGGCGACGGCACGGGCGCGGGCAUGUUCGGCGCGGCCCUGCACCCGGACACGCGGCCCGCCGAGGAGGCGGCGCCUGCCACCAAGGCCUCGUAGGCCGAGGGCGACCUUUGCCCUGCGCCUGCGCGCCCGCGUAGCUCCGCGUAGCUUCGCGUAGCUUCGCGUAGCUUCGCGUAGCUAAGUUGAGCUCGACGUUGACGUGGUUUUCAGUGCAAGUUCACGGACAAUAUGCCACAUCACGGGGGCGCGGGUUGGGGCGCGGGCGGCCUGCGUGUGACGCGGCCCUAGCCGCACCGGGCCGAUGUGACUGACCGCCCCCGGGGUCCCCCUGGGCACCGCCCGGGGUCACGAUGCCGCUGAUCCGCGUCAUUGUUGUAUGUAUCCAAAGCUACACUUACCUCCAAUGUUUUUGUGAUGUAUGGGUGAAUGUGGGUAUGAGGAGCCUCAGAAGUGGUUUGCGGUCCCCCUCAAGCUUUAAGAAAAAUUGAAUUACGAUCACAAGAAAUCUAUGUGAAUACAAUGUGCGUAGAACCUGUUGUUGAGCACCCUCAUUUUUAAUUUGUUGAUUUCAUCUAUUUCAUAAUUUAUAGAGUAGUUUGUUAAUUAAGAUUAAACUCCUGAAGCGCGUCCAUUGUUAUUUUGAGUAAAACUAGUCUAGAUUAAAGUGUGCGGAAUGCCUCAUUCAGAAGGUCCUUACACAUAAAGUCUGCUCUGCUCAGUAUCAAAUACCAUAACUUAAUUGUGAAUGUGAAGUGUUAUUUUGGGCACUCACAUUUCUUAUUGUAUGUACUCCAUGUUCAUAUGACAACAUUGUUACAAAUACCACAUGUGCUGUGAGAAAUACGUGCGAUCUCUCUCACCAACCAUAAGUACCAUUUCCUAAUGUAACUGUAAAUCAGCUCUCCAUUUUGUAGUUGCAAAAGGCGAACCUAGUUUGAUAUGUGUUUAUAUGAUAGAAACAUUUCAAUUUCUAAAGGUUGUAUGUACUAACAGAUAAUGCUGAUGCUAUUUUGCAAUGCUGAAUAUCAUAAGUAGGAGAAAGCAUAAAUCUAUAAUAAAUCACAUUUAUUAUUUUUGUUCCUCUCUUCGUUUUUUUAAAAAUCAAUGUCUUAUUUUUUGUCACUACUUCUUCCUUUUUCCUGUUUGUUAAGCAUAUACAUGCAAAUUGCCAUUUGUCGGUGGACAGGGACACCUUCCCCACUUUCCGACCACUUUCCAUCGUAGGUGGUGCGUAGGAGACUGCAGCAUGGCAGGACACAUUUUGUUUUUUCACCGUCAAAAUAUUUGUCAUACUUUGAGAAUACCUGAAAAAUAAAUAAAAAUAAAAGUA